AUGGCUGAGGUGGUUCCCACGCUUAACUUCAGCAUUGGGAAUGCCGGGACCGAGGCCAUGAUGAACACGAACGCGGACAAUUCAAUCACCAUGAAGUUCUCGCGGUCAGUAAAUGACGGCACAGUGAAGGUGCUGCUCAAGGGAGUCAACUACAUGAUCUGGGCCUACUCGGAUGGAUCUCAGACCCUCUCGCAGCACCCCCGCUCCAACAUCACCUCUGACACCGUCACCUGCACCUCAUUCACGCCCUCUUCCCUUACUCCUCCCUUCCUCCUCCCUUCCUCCUCCCUUCCUCCUCCCUUCCUCUUCCCUUCCUCUUCCUUUCCUCCUCCCUUCCUCUUCCCUCCUCCUCCCUUCCUCCUCCCUUCCUCUUUCCUCCUCCUCCCAUCCACCAGGGAAUCCGUGCAGAUAGACUACAGCUGCUCCACGUCUGGCAGCAGCAGCGGGUCCCCCUCCUCCCACUCACCCUCUCCUUCACCUCACACCCCUUCUUCCCUUCCUUCUCCCUUCCUCUUCCCUUCCUCUUCCCUCCCUCUUGCCUCCCGUUUCCGCCCACCAGGGGAUCCCUACAUCCUGCACUGGGUGGUCAACAAGGACAGCACAGUGAGCAUGGCAGCACAAGUCGCCACCACAGGCUACAUUGGAGUCGGCUUUUCAAAGGAUGGCAAGAUGCCCAACUCUGACGCGGCCAUUGGGAACGUGCCACCUGGCACGCUGGCCAACGGGGCGGCGGUGGGGCCGUAUUACAUGAACGGGCAUGAACUGCAGUCCGUGACUCCUACAGCCAUGUGGAGUGUUACGAACACAUCGGUUACCACUGCAAACGGAUACACUAUAAUGAAGUUCACGCGCAGCAUGGGAACGGGGCAUGUGCCCAUCAAUGCGUUUGGCCCCACCACCAUCAUCUGGGCCUACUCGCCUGAUGGCUCCACCACCCUCGCUGACCACCGCAGCAACUACGGCUCCGCCUCAAUCGAUUUCGUCAAGGGCACGGUGUCAGGCGGGCACGGCAGCAGCACAGCGGCGUACAUCGCCCACGGGGCACUCCUCUCCAUCGCCUUCGCUCUCCUCAUGCCCCUCGCCAUCCUCCUCGCUCGCCUCCUCCUUGCCGACCGCCCCGAUGGUGCCCCUCUCAACCUCAACCAUGCUUCAUACAUUCAUGCCAACGCCGAUGGGAUCGCACCGUCACCCCAGCAGCAGCAGUCCGCAAAGAACCUGCGGCCGAUGGGGUUCCAGUUGCAUCGGGGCAUUCAGGUGUUUGCGCUGGUGGUGGCGGUGGCGGGGAUGAUUGUGAUUAUCAUGCAGGCGGGGUCCAAAGGGUUGAACUGGACGCAUGGGCAGGUGGGACUAGCGGCGGUCAUUCUCGCGCUGGUGCAGGCUAUUGUGGGGUUUGUGCGACCGGAUAAAACCGCGCCGAACCGCUUCAUGUGGCUGGUGGCGCACUGCUUGAUUGGCGCUACUACCAUUGCGCUUGCAUGGGCCGCCAUGUUCCUGGGUAUCGAUCUUUAUCACAGCAAGUUCAUGGAAAACGUCACGUGGUGCUACUGGGUCUGUGGCGUGUGUGUGGGCGUGUUCGGCGUGGCAUACCUGGUGUUGGUCAUUCCGGACAGCAUUCUUUCAUUGAAGGGGCGCAAGGAUCAUGGAGAUGACGGAAAGGGCACAGGCACACCUGCUGCUUUCUAA